UAUAUGCUACAGGGAAGGGAGUCGCAGCGUCGGUGGCGCUAACGAGACUGUCAAGCUCGGCCUCGGGGAUGCCACAUAGGUUCAUACGCCGGCUAUGCACAAGUCUCGUCGCUCCAAGGAUGGAUUAUGGCCUCGGGGUGUGGUACAAUCCGGUACGGGUGGGUGAAAGCCGGAGAAAGGGCUCGGUUGGGUUUGCUACAAAACUUGCAAAACCGCAAAGACUGGCGUGUCGGGUAGCGGUGGGCGGGCUGAGGUCGACAGCGACUGAGGCUUUGGACAUACACGCUAACUUGCUCCCAGUGACUCACCGCUUGAAUCUAGCCGCAUUCAAAUUUGCCGCUCGAUUGUGCACCUUGCCUACCACUCACCCCUUGUAUCGAACGGUACAACGAUGCAGACACGUGCCUCGUAUCACAAGUCCCCGAUUCACAACCUAUUUGAUGCCUUCCCGGAGCUCACAGCCUGCUUCGAACAGAUCAGAAGAACCCCAAUCCCAACACCGCUAGAGAACGUCCUCAAAUUCAACAUUGCUGCAAGCAAGGAUGAGGCAGAGGAACGGUACAGGAAGCUUCCAACAUCAACGGAGAAAAUCUUCACAGAUGGCUCAGCAUUUAAAGCGGGAACCGGGGCGGCCGCAUGGCAAUUCAAACAGUCCGCCCCGAAUGGGGGAGUAUUCCGCCACCUUCAUCUAGGAUCAGACCCAAGGCUGACCAAAGCGCAUAUACUGCUCGACUCACAAGCAGCACUCCUAGCUAUCAAGACGAGAAUAACAAAGUCAGGACGCCACCUACUGGAGGAGUUCUAUCGGCAGCUGGAGAGGUUGAGGAAGAGAUGUCGGUCGCUGGAGAUCACGAUGAUGUGGAUCCCAGGACAUAGAAAGAUAGAUGGCAACGAAGAAGCGGACUGGGAGGUGAAAAUGGCAGCAGAAAGAAACUCAACACCGCUAUUUGAUAAGUGCACCAUCCUUUCCAAACCAAUCCCUCACAGCAAAGCGGUAGUGGUUGCAGCGAAGACCAAGCAAAUAACAAGAGAAUGGCUAGUGGAAUACCAGACUUCCCCAAAAGCACGGUGAUGAACCUAUAGACUCCUGAUGGUUCUAGCGAGUCUAGUCGGGGCACCUCUGUGCGGUGACUAAAGCCUCCUAAGUUCGGAAAGAUAAAGGAAUUUCUCUACUAGUAGCGUAGAGGGCGGUAGCGAACUAUAAAAUUCGCAGGAAGGGAAGUAAUUGGGAAAGGGAUCCUAGA